CUAUAAAUAGCGGCGCGGCGGAGCCGCUGGAUUGGCGAGCGCUGUGGUGUGGUGCGCGCGAGCGGCUGUGUGCUGGUGCUGGGCCAUGGCGCGCACGAAGCAGACGGCGCGGAAGUCGACGGGCGGCAAGGCGCCCCGCAAGCAGCUGGCCACCAAGGCUGCCCGCAAGAGCGCGCCGGCCACGGGCGGCGUCAAGAAGCCGCACCGCUACCGGCCCGGCACGGUGGCGCUGCGCGAGAUCCGGCGCUACCAGAAGUCCACGGAGCUGCUGAUCCGCAAGCUGCCCUUCCAGCGCCUGGUGCGCGAGAUCGCGCAGGACUUCAAGACCGACCUGCGCUUCCAGAGCUCGGCCGUCAUGGCGCUGCAGGAGGCCAGCGAGGCCUACCUGGUGGGGCUCUUCGAGGACACCAACCUGUGUGCCAUCCACGCCAAACGCGUCACCAUCAUGCCCAAGGACAUCCAGCUGGCCCGCCGCAUCCGCGGCGAGCGCGCCUGAGUUCCGAACUGCUGCAGCCCUUGCUGGCCGGCCAUUCAGGCAACCCACGCAGACCCAAAGGCUCUUUUAAGAGCCACUACAUGCACAAAUAAAAGAGCUGUUGCACUGGUUUAAGCGCUGUUUUAUGGGGCAUGGGG